AUUGGCUAUUUCUUCACGACUACCACAUUCUUCUUGCCCCUUCUCAAAACGAUUUCUCUCAGCAAGUCAACACGAAUCGGUCCUCAACAUUACCUCGUUUCCACUAGUAUCACUCAUAUCACGCAGCACCACUACAAGCACAGUGUCUCGAAGGCGGUCGCCGUUCACUUCACUUGCGUAAGAAUUCAGGAGAAAGGCGUUCACGUCAGAGUAAAUAUGAUCGUACCUGAUAUUUUUCCUCCUGAAAUA